AGCUGGCGUUGAGACCUUUGUCGUAGGGAUUGGUAACCAUGUGGAUAAUAAUGAAUUAAAGGUAAUUGCUUCUGAUAACGACCAUGUUUUUCAAGUUAGUACAUUCGAUCAGCUUGCACAAAUCCACCAAGAUGUUGUCGACAAAAUCUGCGCAGCUGCUAACAGGGUAACAACAACAUCAUCCACCACAACCACUACAACAACAACAACAACCACUACACUGCCUCCUACCACAACAAAAGCAGCUUGCGGUCUUAAACCAGCAGACAUCGUCUUCGUCUUGGACUCAUCCGACAGUGAAGGCGCUGACAACUUCAAGACAGAAGUAGAGUUCGUAUAUGACUUUGCCGCCCAAUUUUCAAUUGGUACGAAUAACGUCCAGUUCAGCGUCGUCACCUUCUCUUCUGAUGUCCGUAAUGAUUUCUUCUUUAACAAGUACAAUUCCAGAAACGCCGUUCUUCAUGCAAUACGUAACAUUCAGUAUAUAGGACAAGGAACGAAUACAUCCGGUGCUUUGAAUUUUGUGCGCACGGAAACUCUUCUUCCAACGAAUGGCGCUAGGACAAACUCCUCUAAGUUUGUUAUAGUCAUCACCGACGGACGAUCCGACGACCAGGAUCAAACAAAACACGAAGCACAACUUCUACACAGACAGGCGGAGGUUCUCUCUGUGGGUAUUGGACCGGGUGUCGACAAGGCAGAGUUGGCCAACAUCGCUUCGAAUCAUCAUGUUGUAACAGUGAACAGUUUUGCGUUGCUUAAAACUAUAAAAAGACAAUUAACUGAUCUAGCUUGUGAGUCGGGUUAAUGUAAUGUAAUAAAAUGUAAUAAAAUGUUUGGCAAG